AUGGAUUCGAGUGACGUCUUAUACUUCCGAGGAAACGACUUGAGACCAUCAAGAGGAAUUAAAACCCGCAAGAUUGGGCAAGCUAUUGUCGAGAUCACAGAUCUGAGGAAUGCGACGGUUAAUCGACGCCACAUAGACCAAAUUCACUUCAACGAAACUUCCACGUCAAAAGAAGCCCUUGUCGAAGAAAUUCAAGAACAUCCGCCUUGUGAUACGCCGUCAACAUCUACUAAAGAUCAAAGGCAACAACCCCCUAUUCCAGGAAUGUCCACCGAUGAGAAUACCCCACUGGCCCUCCGACGAACAGUCACAAGAGCAAGCCAAUUUGACGGAGCUUUCUUGAGAGAGAAGAUCCAGGUGGUCCAGGCCUACGUGAUGACGUCUACCCUGGAGCGGCGCGUUAUACUUUCAGGACAUUUGCGAGCAAUCAAGUUUGAAUGCUGA